AUGAAGUUCACCACUCCCAUCGUCUUCCUCGCCGCUGGCGUCAUUGCGACCCCUACCCCCGAGCUCUGCGCGCGUGAGCUCAGCCAGGUCAACACCAUCAUGACCACCGUCCUCAAUGGCAUCCAGAGUCUUGAUGGUUCGAUCUGCGCCUACGCUGGCGGUGAUGGCAAGGACCUCGAGGAUGCCUCUUCCACCAUGCUCACCACCAUCCGCACUGCCACUUACAACGCGGUUGCCAUGUUGGCUCUGACCAUGGAUGAGGCCAUCGCCUUCCAGCCCCUCUCUGACGAGCUCAACGCCGCUGGCGACAAGCUUCUUGUUGACCUGAGCGACAAGGUUCCUUCGUUCGCCCAGGCAGGUAUCUGCGACAGCACUCUUUCCUGGGUUGCUCAGAUUGGCGGAAACGUCCACACUUUGAUGACCUCCAUCUCCACCAAGUUCCCUGCCGGUGGCAAGGGUGGCGAUGAAAUCACUCACUUCGAUGGUAUCUUCCAGGAGAUGCAGGACAAGCUCAGCACCUGCGCUACCGCCGGCAAGGGUUCCUCCGGAUCUUCCGGCAGCUCCUCCGGCACCGGCACCGGCAACGACAACAAGGGUGUCGGAACCGCCACCAAGGCCGUCACCGCCGCUACUGCCACCGCUUCCGUUACUGCCCACACCAACGGCACCCGCGGUGCUUCUCCCACCGCCACCACCGUUGUCACUGCCGGCGCUGCGCUGAUGACCUUCUCCGGUGCCGGCUUGGCUGCCGCCAUCUUCGCUCUCCUUCUGUAA